AUGAGCUCUCUGGUGGCGUCGAAAAUAAUUGGCAAAAUUGCCAAGCUGCGCUUCAUGCCCAUCAAGGAGGCGACGGCAGCCCAGCGCGAGACGAUCCUGGCCGUGGCUUCGUGGGACGACGACGACAGCCUUAUUCAGCUCUGGAACAUCUCGAGGAAUGAUGAAACCGAUGAGCAAUGCGAGCCGCAAGUUAUGGCACAAGCCAAUAUCCAGGGCGACGUUGCCGCGAUGGAGUUCAUCGAUCCCAAUAACCUCAUCGUAGCCACAUCUGCCAGUGAGCUCGUCUUAUUUGAAUGCUCUGCAUCGUCAAUCACAGAGACCCGUCGAUGGCCGGCGGCGAUCGAGUCCGCGAUGCCUUAUUCCGGCCUUGCCGUGAGACAGGGGACCGAAGGCGCGGAAGUUGUCACAGUAGGAGAGGACGGUUUCAUAAAAAGGUUCAUACUUAAAGAUCCCAAAGACACCCCCGCCCAGUCAAUCGAGUCGGGAGCCGACUCUCUUACCUGCGUAGCCUACCUCGGUCAAAAUGAAGUAGCCGUAGGGAACCUCGCGGGACGCCUCCAAAUUUUCGACCUCAACAAAUCUCAAGAAGUUCGAGCUUGCCUACUGCGUCAAGACGAUCUCGUCGGCAUCACAUGCAUUUUGCAGCACCCAUCCCAACCGCAUCUGGUAUUCUGCGGCACGGAAGCGGGUUCGAUCUGCGUUUGGGAUCUCCGUCAAGAAGAUCAGCCCAAUCCAUCCGCAUUCUACAACUGCCACACCGUUCUCAUUCCCGAGCUACGCUUUCACGCAUUGUCGACUUCUCAUCUCAUAAGCGUGUGCUACGACGGAACAGCCCUCUGGUGGAACGCGAGCAAACUCAUGAGUCCCUUCGAGACUACAGCGGCUCUCGCGUCCAACCGAGAACUGAAGAGAACUCAGAAUUCAGACACGAGUGGCUGGCUUAUGCCGGAUGUCAUGAAAGAUCGCAUGGAAAUUGAGAGACUCGUGGAGCCGUCGAUAUUCUGCGUGAACUCUGUCGAUUCCAGUGGAGAUUUGGUUGCCGUCGGUGGUGAUUCGGAAAUGCUACAGAUUUUUCUAUUCCGGUGUAAAUAUAUUGCUAUCCAAGCUCAGCGACGAAUGAUUGAGUAA